ACGGGCCGCAUAUUCGUAAAACCCCUUUUCAAAUUUCAAGUUCCAAAUUGUGGAGUAGGAGAGGGUGGGCGGAAGGAGGCAGCAAUACAAUCAUGCGGUGACGGAGGGAGGGUGUCCGGGAUACGAAUUUGAGCAUAAGUGGGCAUAUUACGGACCACGGUACACACGUAAAUACCUUCAACUCGCCCAGUCCUUGGAAUUCUUGAGUUCUGUCUUACUCAUCGUAUCUUCACUUAUCACCUACAACAAUCCAUCCGUGACAAUGUUCCGCCAAUUCGGUCUCUUCGCCCUUGCUCUCCUACCCUUCUCCUUCGCCCAAGUCUCUGACGACUUCGAAGGUGGAUUGGACGCGGCCACAUGGCCUACGUACGCGAACGACUGUAACCAAGGCGGUAAAGUCACCCUCGAUAGCUCUACCGCUCACAGUGGUUCGAACUCCGUGAGAGUUGAUGGUGCCGGUGGUUACUGUGGACACAUCUUCUUUGGCACGACGAAAAUUCCUAGCGGAGAUGUUUACGUGAGGACUUAUCUCAAAGCCGCCAAUGCCCUGACCGACUCUCACGUCACUUUCAUCACCAUGCCCGACUCUUCCCAAGGCGAUAACAAGCACCUCAGAAUUGGUGGUCAGAGCAAGAUCCUGAUGUACAACCGCGAAUCUGACGACGCUACCCUUCCCGACCUCUCCCCGCAAGGCAUUGCCGCUUCCACCGCCCUUCCAACCGGCGACUGGCAAUGUUUCGAGUACCACUUAGGCAGCGAUGGCACCAUCGAGACUUGGUUGAACGGCGAGGCUAUCGAAGGCCUUACUAUCACGUCUGGUAGCACCAACGCCAACGCAGAUCAGUGGCAGAGGAGCUCCGCCAAGCCUAAAAUCACCGCUGUCUACUUUGGUUGGGAGUCCUACGGCGGCGACACUAACACCUUCUGGUACGACGACGUUGCCGUUAGCUCAGCGCGUGUUGGAUGCGAUGUUAGCUCAACGCCUGUUGUUAGCUCAUCACCUGUUGUUAGCUCAACGCCUGUUGGAUGCGGUGCGUGAUUCGGCUCUUACUCAUUAAGUAAACAGUAGACGUUUCGUCAUCGGCAAUAGGUAUUCUCCUACUUAAGUGACAGAUAGGUUGAGAAUUGAAUAUUGAGGCCUAAAUAUCAUACAUACAAAUAUGUUACUCGGUGAAGUUUGUCAGACCUCGUGCUUUACCUACCUACGGAUUUACGUAGUUAUUAGAAUCAGAAAUUAGCCUAAAUAUAAUA